CCACUGAAUGCGGACAAUGCAGGAGCAACUUGUCGGAUUAGUUCACGGAUGCUCUUUGCAUGCAUGACAAGAGGCCAAAAAAGGGGGGAAUAUUCAACAGGAUUAGCCUUAAUAGCCUUACCUUCUUCUUCUUCUUCUUCUUUUUAUUUUUUUUAAUUAUUAACACUUAUUUUAAACUUCUGCGCGUGUAAAUGAGAUUACUGGCAAGCUGAGCGCUUCCUCAUAAUGCCCCUCAGCCGGCUGAAGGAAAUGAGCGGCUGAGGAGGGAAUUAAUAAAAGAGCUCAUUUUCUACCUGGUGGGUAAAAAUAAAAGGGACACUGGCGAAGGGUUUUGUCUCUGGAAAUAACGAGCUUUAAAGGAUUCCGUGUGGGUAAUAGAUAACGCCCCGGUGGUCACGGGUUGUAGCGCGUAAUUUGGACACAGGAUUACCUGUAAAUCGACCUGCUGCCCCUUGUGGUGCGCCCUAAACCCAUUCAAAUGGAAAAAGUUUGACUGGUUUAAUCAGUGACGUGUUGUAGCCGGUUAGGCUUUCUUUAUUCAUUAAAAAGCCACAGAACAGGUCGAGUCUCAUUUUCUCAAACAACAUUCCUUCAGAGUACUUGGAGAUCUUUCUUUCUGGAGAACAUGGCGAGUGUGAGCGCACAGCAGAGCCGCCAUUCUCUCUUCACUAUAGACCGCAUCCUGGGUCUGGACCGACCCGAACAGAGAACCACCAUGUACACUCCUCACCGCCCCUGGACAGAUGUGCAACCAACAAAAAACGUCUGCUUCGUAAAGACAGACGGCUCGCUGGAUGUUCCCGUGAUGGAUGAGAGGAAAAGUGAAGCACCAGUGGAGAGCUGCAGGCGUUCACUCAACUGGUGCAUCGGACGGAGACCCAGAACUGCCUUCUCCAGCUUACAGAUCGAGAUACUUGAGAGUGUGUUUCAAGUAAACUCGUACCCCGGGAUCGAUGUCAGAGAGGAGCUUGCUCAGAAACUGCAUCUCGAUGAAGACAGAAUACAGAUCUGGUUUCAGAACAGAAGAGCAAAACUGAAGCGUUCGCAUCGAGAGAACCAGUUCCUCAUGGUGAAAAAAGUCAUCAAUGGUCUCCAACAGUAAUUAUGAAACAAAAAAAAAGUUCAGAUGUCUGUUUCUUGUCAUAUUGUAAUAUAUUCUGUUGUGACUUAUUUUGAUAGUGCAAAUCAAAAACUUAUGUCUUUUACUGGUUUAGAUAAGCAGCUGCUUAAUUAAAAUGUGGUUUAACAUCA